UACGAACUGCUCGUCAUAAAUAUGUCAAUCAAACUGUCAUCCAUAUCGCUGUAGAACUUUUCAGGAAUGACAUGUACAAAAUUUUAGUACUUUGGGUGUUAUAAUGGCUUUGGGGCUAAAUUGUCGGUGUCGUGGUAAAUUCUUGUUCAGCAGAGUGAACAAUCCAUGCCGUGUUGGCUAUCAGAGCUCAGAUACUUACAAUAACCAUCCCUCAUUGGGAUCACAAAGAAGAAACUGUUCAAGCUCCGAUGACAACAAGCCAGCCAAAUGUAAGGUGGCUCUAGUGACUGGGGGUGCUAGAGGCAUAGGGUAUCACAUUGCUGAUCAACUUUUGGCUAAUGGAGCACAGGCCGUGAUUAUAGGGGACGUGCUGGUGGACGAAUGCGAGAAAACUUGCACAAAAUUUAAUGAAAAGUAUGGCGAGAACAAGGCACUGUUUCAACCCUUGGAUGUUACCAAAAAGGAUCAAAUGGACACUUGGUUCGUCAACUGACUGCAGAAGCUGGUUCAAUGAUGUGUUGAGGAUCUAUGAUUUCUUAUACACUCAUUGACGCGCCUGUUCAGUACGCGUUUGUGAGUCAGGAAAAGGUUUUAAGAUGUAUGCCAGGUGUAGACUCCAGAAAUAUUCAAAUGCACUAAGGACCGAUUCGGCAAAAUCGAUAUAGUGGUGAAUAAUGCAGGUAUUCUGGCGGACAAGCGAUGGGAAGAUACCAUCGCGAUAAACAUCAGCGGGGUCGUUUACGGUACUCUGUUAGGAUUUCAAUACAUGACAGCUGAGAAAUGUGGCCCUGGAGGGUUUAUAAUCAACGUGUCAUCCAUUUUGGGUCUACAACCGUUGUACAGCAGUCCAGUAUACGUUGGGACCAAACAUUUCGGCAUCGGAUUCAGCAGGUCUAUGGGCCAUGAAUACUUCUACAAAAAAUCCAAAGUCAAGGUUAUGGCAGUGUGCCCGGGAGUAACCGACACGAACAUGAUAACGGAAGCUGCUCAGGGUGGUCUGCCGGGAUUCGGCGACCUUGGAAAGGAAUUAGCGUCCUCAUUGGGAGCGUUACCAGCACAGCCCGCUGAAGAAGUAGGCAAGGGGGUUAUAACGAUGAUUAAGGACGGCGAAAACGGUAGCGUAUGGAUAUCUGAAGGCUGCGAGUUUUACAAAGCUGUGUUGCCCGACAGGAAGUCUUUUAAACCACCCCCAUCGCCUAAGGAAGAUCCUUGCAAGAAGAAGGAAGAUCCUUGUAAGAAGGAGGAAGAUCUUUCUAAGAAGACGGAAGAUCCUUGUAAGAAGAAGGAAGAUCCUUUCAAGGAGAAAGAAGAUCCGUGUAAGAAAAAGGAUCCGUGUAACGAUAAGGAAGAUCCAAGCAAGAAGGGCGAGAAGAAAGGAGAGGAAAAAGACGGGAAGAAAGAGGAGAAGGAGGACCCGUGCAAGAAGAUUAUGAAGAAAGAUGGUGCUGGAGAUGCUAAGAAACCGGCUCCCGGAAAAGAUGGCAAGAAGAAGUAGUAUUUUUUCAGUGUUAAUUUGAAUAUGGUGAUGUUACGGUCUGACAAAUAAAUUUUACUGUCUAGUGUUUGUAA